AUGUCUUCCAGACCCCAGUCGUCUAUCUGCAGCAUUACCGACGACUGCCAAAUUACCCAAGAAGAACGGAAUGCUGCUUACAACUAUGCUGAAGUCGAGUCAGCAGAGUUCAAAGGUCUUGGCAUCCACCAGACUGUCAGAACCAAGCUGAGCUGA